CAUGACGUCAUAUCCUGCUAUGAGAGACAAGUUGUUGGAUGAAGAAGAGAUAUGACAGAAGCGCAAUUUAGGGAUUAUGGCACCCCGACAUUUGAUGAUAAUGUCGACGAGGAAGUGAAGAAUGACGUGUUAUCAAAUGCAAGCUCAUUGUCUGUGACGUCAGAUGUGUCAAAUGGAGGACGUUCACGUGAGGGAUCGGGUAAAAAUGCUGAUACAGACACCGAUCUGGAAUUGGAAGAAGAUAAGAAGUCGGAUUUUGACCUGACGGGACGUGCUCUGUAUCUAUCUGUGUGUAAAAACCUGGGCGUCAUUCCCGUGUCCUACUUCGUUAGACACAUGCAGGACCAAGUACUCAACAUGCGGCACCAUGGUCUAGGAAGUUUGGGUGCAAAGGCGCUAGCUCAUCCUCUUAUGAACAAUACGACAGUUUUGACACUUGACCUCCAGGACAAUUGGCUAGAAGGAGAAGGUGGCGAGUAUAUAUCCAAGAUGUUGAAGGAGAACUGUUACAUAACCGAUCUGGACAUUUCAGAGAAUCGUCUUGGCAGUCGUGGAGCGGCGGCCAUUUCCAACAUGUUAACGAUAAAUAUCACGCUCAGGUCGAUAAACCUGGCAGGUAACCAGUUUUCUGAUGCCGACGCGCCUACUUUAGCCGAAGCAUUUUACGAAAAUAACAGACUGAAGAAAAUCAAUUUAAGCCACAAUGGCUUUUCUGACGGAUGUGGGAAAAUACUAGGACAUGCUAUCGGCGAGAAUGAGACGAUAGAGGACAUCGACCUAAGUUGGAAUUACUUCCGGAAAUCUAGUUUGAUGGAAAUUUGUGACGGCAUAGCGGGUAACUGCCGUCUGAGAGAUGUCAAUCUCUCGAUGAACGGGUUUGACAAUGAGGGUGCCUUCGGAGUGGCCGACAUCAUAAAGAAGAACAACACUAUAUUGACCUUGAACAUCAGCGGCAACAGAAUAGGUCCCAUUGGAGCCAUACUGAUAGGGAAGGCCCUUGAAGUCAAUGAUGUCCUCAUCACAUUCAUAAUGGCCAACAAUCCAAUAGGUGCAGAAGGCGCAAAGGCUGUCCUCAGAGGCAUCAACAAUGAAAACAGUAUCAUCACUACACUCGACCUGUCGGGUAUAGAGGUUGACAAGGAGUUCCGUACACUGGAGGGGAGUUUAGUCAGAGAAAUAACAGUAUUGAGAGCUCGUGUUCUGAGCGAUUACGACAUACCCAUCAGACGGAAGCCAGAUAAGUACCUGUUCGGAACACCACUCUCUCUGGUAUCCUCGGAUAUCAUCAUGUCUUUAAUGAAGAAAUAUUGUGAGGAGAACGAUAUAAAACUGUAUGAUGCCUUACUCAAUGCCGACAAACGGAAGGAAGGCAUGCUGUCUUCAUACGAUUUUCUGGAGGCCAUACAGAGUGCAGGAGUAGAACUAUCCGAAAAACAGGGCGACAAUUUGACGACGUUCCUGGAAGGUGUGGCGUGCGAGGGAUUGAUUGACUAUAGUCCUCUGAAGGGUAAACUGACCGCUGCCGCAGCUGUUGAGUGACACCAUCCCCAUCACCUAAGUUAAGGAACAUCACUGUAUUGAAAAUAAUUCUGUCAUCUGCAGGCAUAAUAAAAGGAAACAUAUUUCGUCA